AUGCCCUCGGGGGACUUGGCGUCGGCCCUGCACUGUGGCCUUCUGGUGUGUCCUGUGGCAACGCUGACAGCUAGCGCUGGGGCCGACGGCCGCUGGGCCUCCCUCCUGACCCUCGGAGGAGCCUCCAACCCUGUGGGGCUGACGGCGCCAUGGUGGGGCCUGGUGGGGCCUGGUGGGGCCUGGUGGGGCCUGGUGGAGCCUGGUAGGACCUGGUGUUUCCUGGUGUUUCCCGGUGGGGCCUGUUCCAUGUCCAUCCGCUGGCCGGGCUGCUCCCUAGGAAGCCACGCUUGGAUACUUAUAGCCAUGUUCCAGCUCGCCAUGGAUCUGCCCUCGUGUGAGUCCCUGGGCCCGGGCCCCGACUUCCGGCUCCUGCCCCGGCCGCCGCAGCGGCCCCCGCGGCUGUGGAGUUUGAAGAGCGGACAGGCGGCGCGCCUCUCCGUGCCCGUGUGGAGCCCGCGCCCGGCCCGCGUGGAGCGCAGCCACGGGCAGGUGCCGAGCCCGCGCGCCAAACGGGCACACAGACCCAGGGACCAGGUGGCCGCCCUGGCGCCCAGAGGGGGGCUCGCCAAGCCCCCAGCUGCUGCCAAAUCCAGCCCUUCCCUGGGCUCCUCCUCCUCGUCCCCGUCCCCCGCGGCGGGUAGCGGGGCCACCACGGACCCGCAGGCCCUCCUGCGGAGGGAGAAGAGGCACCUGCAGGGGGCCGGCUUCAGCGGUUUUGAUUUCCGGGGCAGCAGGCCUACCACAGAGACGGAGUUCAUCGCCUGGGGGCCCACGGGGGAGGAGGAGGCCCCAGAAUCCAACACAUUCCCAGGGCUUUAUGGCCCCACCACGGCCUCCAUCUCACAGACACGGAAGACAACGGUGGCCACCGCCACCCCCACCGCCACAGCCACCACGGCCACCUCUACUACGCUGCAGACUAAGGGGGUCACGGAGCCCCUGGGCCCCAGGAAUAGGAUCCCGAUUGGGGUUAGCACAACGGAGCCUUCCACCAGUCCCAGCAAAGACGACGGCGAAGACGGCAAGCCCCCGCGGAUUCUGGGGGAGACCUCAGGUCUGGCUGUCCAUCAGAUUAUCACCAUCACUGUCUCCCUCAUCAUGGUCAUAGCUGCUCUGAUUACAACUCUUGUCUUAAAAAACUGCUGCGCCCAAAGCGGGAACACGCGUCGGAACAGCCACCAGCGGAAGGUCAACCAGCAGGAGGAGAGCUGCCAGAACUUGACGGACUUCACCCCCGCCCGGGUGCCCAGCAGCCUGGACAUCUUCACGGCCUAUAAUGAGACGCUGCAGUGCUCCCACGAGUGUGUCAGGGCGUCCGUGCCCAUGUACACCGACGAGACGCUACACCCGACAGCCGAGUACAAAUCCACGUUUAACGGGAACCGACCCUCCUCCUCUGAUCGGCACCUUAUUCCUGUGGCCUUUGUGUCUGAGAAAUGGUUUGAAAUCUCCUGCUGACUGGCCGAAGUCUUGUUUACCUCCUGGGGGCAGGGCAGACGCCACGUGUCUGUAUUAUGGAUUCCGUUGGUGAACCUGUAAAAAAAAAUUUAAAAAAAUAAAAAAAAAAAUUAAACACACACACACACACACCCUAAUCUAGACUCUCUACGGGGAGGGUCCCCAUGCCUACCGCUUCAGUUUGCCGGUGGGGAGCUCAAAGAGCAGGACGCUAUAGGCCAAAUAUAUUUUUAUAAAAAUGCUCACGCCUAUGGGGGAACUGCCUUCUGCCAGAGUUGUCUUUGGAGGAGAGAGAGAAGAAAAGCAAGAAAGCAGCUGCAGACGGAGAAGAAAGGCCGACAGGAAGCUCCUGGAGCCUGGGAUUUGGACUGAUUCUGAACCUUUGCCAAUAAUACCAUUAUGUGCCAUGUAGUGACCCGAAGGACUUGGUGACCGCAGUGAGCCAAGUGAACCACGCGUAGAAACCUGACCGAAACAGGGGGCGGGAAUCUUCCAAUAGAGUUGCUAUUUCUGGUUAAUACACAUAUAUAAAUAUUAAAUACACCAGACACACACACACACACACACACACACUUUUUUUGUACUGUAGCAAUUUUUGAAGACCUUCAAUGUUCCUUUUUAAAAAAAAAAUGUUAUCGGUUCCAGAACCUGGUUUAUUUACCAUGCUUAGUCUGAACAGAAUAAACUGCUGUUUUCUACUUUGGCAACAUAUCCCACACACAGGCACACGCACACGCGGGCCCACACGCGUGCGCACCCGCACACACGCAUAGAGACGCCGACACCGGAAACGCGGUUCCACGAGUGAGCAUGCCCCCUCCGGUGACCCGGCCUCCCGUUGCCGCCCGUCCCCGGGGACAGCCGGGACCCCGCAGACCGACCCCUCCCGACACCCUACAUUGGCUGAUAUCCGGUGAGUGGCUCUAGAUGUAGACUUUCUUGUCUCAGGCCAGAGUCAAGAAUGCCAUGGUUGUACAGACCUGCAUGCAGGGAGAGAGAGAGAGGGACGCAUGAACGUGACCUUGUUUUUUUUCUCAUUGAGGUGUUUGAAGGAGCUACUCACAGCCACGCACACGUGUGCGUACGUGGUCGGCUGCCUACAGACGGGCUGAGCGUCAGCCCGGGCGGGGGGCGGAUUCUUAACCAUCCUUGUGUUACACAAGCGUAGACCGAAUUAAAGAAAAUUUUCCAGUUCCACAAAUUAAAGGAAUCUAUCCUUAGAAUGUGUGUGCGUAUGUCAGAGCAGAAUUCAGACAUCGACGAGGGCCCCCGUUGGUUGGAAAACGAGAAAGAAGUCCGUGUGCCAAGGAUCCAGGCUACUCCCACGGGGGCUGUGCCCUGGAGCGCACCCCACAUUUGUUUCAUGCAUGUUGGGGGACAGGUCGCUGCUCUUUCUAGAGCCCAAGCACGGCCUGCAAUCUUGGUGAGGACUGGAGCAAAGACGCUGUCUCUCGCUAGUGCUGGCUGGCCAACAUCUGUGUUUUUGCCAUCAAGAAUCCUACAGCGGGGUUUCCCAGUGGAAAGAGGGGCUCGAGGCUGAAGCCUCGGGGAGGGGAUCACGAGCCCAUGUGAUUCGUGAGAAACACUGCCAUGUUUGGGGAGCACAGCUCCCUCACCCAGUGGUGCCCCAGUGCCCCAUUGUGCCCUGUGAGUGACGGGAGGCUCCGUUGGAAGCUGUUUUCUCCUCACGGGGAUCCCAAAUUCGAUGCCUGUGGCCUGCCCUCUAUGAAUGGCCCACGAGUGACAUUGACUUCACCAGGAGGUUGUGUGAACCCAUCUCGUGAAAUGCCCCAUAGACCAGGUCAGAACGCUGCAGGUCAGGUGGGCAGCUAACCUCGUGCCCCCGAACUGGCCAGGCUGGGGACCUCUUUCUUCCAUCAGGCUCAGCCUCCCUGGGCAACACCUUGAAAUAUGCUUCCACGCCUCUUGGAAUGUGGGAGACCAGGCGAGUCCAGGGGAGGAAAGAACCGUAGUGCUAGGUCUGUGUUGUUGGGACUCGCCCGCCACGUGGGGAAGCCCAAUUUGGGGCUGGGUUUGGUUUUGUCACUUUCCCCCAAAGCUCCGGCACACGCCUGCCGCUGGCGUCUCCGGCUGCCGGGGCUCACCUGCAUGGCGCUGGAAGGCACACCUCUCUCCAUCGGUCACCCUGUUCAUCCAUCUCAUUACCUGCGGGUUUUUGGAGGUGGCGCAGGGGCCUUCCUGACUCUGUGGGCGCAGCUCAGUGUGAGUGCAAGGCAAGGGCUGUCGGCGCCCGCCGGGGCAACAGAAGCUGCGCUCUGCUCUUCAACACCCUGAGUUCCAGGGAGCCCCGCUGAGGAGGAGGUGGCGGCAGGGGGCCUGUUUGUCCACCGGCAGCAGGAACCUGAGAUUCCUGAUAAUGCCACAGUUUGGUGUCCACACUCCUGUCCGACGGCUGCUCAGCCCCUUCCUGGGCCUUGGGCUGCACUCCUGACACCUGAACUCCUUCCAGAGCACCACGGGACGCCCAGCUUUCCAAGGAUGCUUAGAGUCACCAAGUCCCCCAGACACACACAGCCCCCUGGGCCGGCUCUCCGGGCCACACACACAGCCGACAGGGGCCCACACGUUUCCCACUGGGGAGUCUGCUAGCAGUUCACAUCUGUCUGAACAAAUCCACCUCGGGGAAGGCUAGCGUUCCAGGGUGCUCGAGGGAGUGUGUGCAUGUAGGGAUUUGGGUUUUUCCAUGGUCCCCGAGAAAUGUGGAAACACCAGCUCUGCACAGGGGCUGGUCAAGGAAAGCGUGCAGGCUUAGGAAUUCAGCUCUGCCCGCGAGAACGUCCAUAACGUGAGAUCGUACAGGCGUUCCCGGAGUCAGGCCCUGUGCACGACGCUGUGUGUCCAGGGAGCGGUGUGGCCAGGCCGUCCCUCUGCAGCCCAAGGCCGAGCUCCGCGUUGGCCUCCGCUCUCCUCGGCCUCCCGCGGCUGCAGUUCCCUCUGUCAGGCCCUCACGUUUGCUGUAGAUUGUCUGUCCUUCCAGAAAAGCACUCGGAGGAAGAGCGCUGUAGUUUGGUGAGUCCCCCAGCUUUCGUCCACCUCCAUCUCAUCCCUGCGGUGGCGGAAAUCCAUGGCCGUGACCCUGCUGCACGCAGACCUCUGUCCUUCGUUUACCAUUAAAGCUUUCGGAGCAGCUGGGCAGGGCGCUGGGCACUCUGCCGUCCGGGCCGGUCUGUUUCUAGACUUAAUUACUUCUAGUCUUCGUGAAUUUGUCACUUUAUGUGGUUGAAACAAUGGGUGUAAUUACUUUUGUUAACCAGCUCUGAGUGCCAAGGGAAAGGGGCCCCAGGCUUGGCCGGGAAAGCUUCCAGGUCAUUCCCCGUCGGGCUCGGAUUCCAGCAGCGUCCAGGGCAAAAGCCGGGCCAUGUGCCCACUGUAUCCUCCUGCUUGGUUACAGCCUGCCCACACACGGUAUGGAGUGGAGGGACCCCUUGGGCAUGAGAGAGGGCUGUUAGUCUCCACAACCGGGGUCUUUCUUGUGCAGGAAGGAGACGACACCUAGAACACCUUGGUUCCCCCACAUCUUUCUGGUCCUUCUCCAACCGCAGUUUGGGUGGACAUCUCAGGCUGAUGUGACUAGAUGUUCAUCUCAGUCCUUCACGGGGCGUUUGAAACUUAGGAACCUGGACUUACAGCAAAUCCCACCAACUCUGGAUGUCACCCCCAAUGUCUGAAUGUCACCCCUCCGAAUGUCACCCCAGGAACUCGGUAGUUCGUCCGGUGACCUUGACAACUUCCAGCAGUCUUCCUUCUCAGAUACAUCGCUCCGUCUCAGCCACAUUUCCGCAUCAGGCAGAGUCUUCUGCACAGGCUUUAAUCUUCAGGAAUUUUGUGUGAGGAUGCCCAUUCCCAUUUGUCAUAUGAAGAAAUGCACAUAUCAGAGAAUUGAUCCUUUUGCCUUGUAAGGUCUCCUUUUGACUCUUGCUGCCCACGGAGUUGAUCCAUCUUUCCUUCCUCUCCCUCUCCUUCUUCUUUUCCUUCUCCUCCUCCUCUUCUUUCUUCUUUCUUCUUCUCCCAGAUGGCCCAGUAUCAUCAGCAGCUCAGGAAGCUAGGCUGAUCCAGCCUCUUAGGAGAUAAGAUGAGGAGCCAGGGCUGAGGUUCUGGGCUGGGACCUGCAGCCCUAUUGGGUCAGGCUGAGUCUUCCAAUGACUUUCAUCUCAGUGCAUGGGCAUCCGUACAGACCUUUCUUUGCCCAUAUUGUGACCAUCAUCUUGUCUCAUCAGGGAGGUCCCAGCACGAGGGAGUGUCAGCACUCCCCUGAGCUGUCUUCCCUCCACCCCAUCUCUACCAAGUCACCCCACACACCACAGUGGGGAAGGCACUGGGGCCAUUCUUGUUUCACUGCGUGGUUCCCGAAGACACUACUCACAGAUGCCGUUGGAAGUGAUUCUUUGUGACUUGCCAAAACUGGCCAUUCAUCUGCUCGUGCAAAGACUUGAACUCCUGUCAUGUUGGCCACAUGGUCCUGCCCUCCUGGGUUUUACUUUCUAUUCUGGGAGGAGGCAGAUAGUUAACAUAGAAGCAAAGAAUAAUGAUUUCCAGAGAGAGGGAUACAUGACAGCAAGAGAAUGGGGCACAGUGAUAGCAGGAAGAGAAGAGGGGCUGUCCGCAUCUCCCGGGAACUGUCACUUGCUCAGUGAGGGCUGGUCUGGGUGGAAGAGAAUACGGACGACUUGCUCCUACCUCCUGGGUGAAAAUGCAGUGCAGUGUCAAGGAGGAGAUGCCUCGGUCAUUACAAACCAUCUACCUUGUUACCGAAACCGUCAUCAUUCUAGCAGGGGGUGACCCUGCUGGGGAAGCAGGAAGGCCAGGUGAUGAAUUUCGCUGUCCUCCAAGGCCUGCCUCUCUCCAUGGACCCCUUCCCAAGCACGCAGAUACAUUGUCAAGUCGACCAAUUCUCAAGGAAGGCAAAGGAGUCCAAGGACAGAGACGCAGCCCGCAGGGCAGAGUCAUCCCUCCUGGUGAGAGAAGAGUAGGCAGCUGCCUUUUCCAAAGCUCACCCUCAAUAGUGAUCACACUUAGCCACGCACUUAAACAACAUCUGCUUUUAAGGAAGCAGAUACUCCAAAACACGCCAUGAUUCAUGUAAUUUUGGAAUGGUUAUUUUGGUGUCGUUUGUCAAUUCGCUAUGCCGUCCUGUUUUUUGAUCGUUUGUUUGUUUUCCAAUGUAAAUAGCACAGCCCACAUAAAUGAGCAAAACUCUCGCCAUCUGAGAGUUCUUGAUUAUUCUUCCUGACUUAUUUUUCAUGGAUGUGCGUCCGGCUAUGAAGACUGACCUGUUCUUUGCUGCCUGCUCCGAGCCCAGAUUUGUGUGUCCGUUGCAUUCAGCUUAAGGCACGGGGUUUUGGCGAGGUCUUCAAUAGCUGUUUGACAUUUUGAAAUGUGCUGCCAGCCCUUCCUUCCACAACGUGUGGUGCGUGGCUGUGCGUAGUUUUGCCCUCCUGGGGUUAGAGUUUGCAUUCGAGUAAGGAGUGGGUGCAUGGAGGUGUAGGCAGAGAACCACCAUUGUUUCGGUCACCCCGGCCAGCGAGCAAACAGAGGUCAGCUUUCCGACCUCAAGUGAUUCUAGAAGAUCUCAGCAAGUACACGGUGGCCAAUUUCUGGAACUCAGAUCGCUCAUACUCCGAGCAGGCAAUCCCUGAUUAGGAAUUGAAUUCUGUACAACCUCCCCUUCCGCCAAAGGACCAUUUAGUAGUGCUUGCUCUGCAUCGGAGAAGCCGUCCCACCAGAACAGACAGUCGGGCUCUCAUGUGCCUGCGUACACUCCCCUCCGCCCCAUCUCACUUUGGCUGGAAGGGGUUCGACGCGUAGACUGCAGCCGAUGAGAAAGCUCGGCGAGCCGUGGCAGCGUGAGGUGUUACGACGACCCAGGACAAAGAGGACAGGUGCUUGUCAUGGGCUCUUUAAGGCGGCAGUGCAUGGACAACGGGGCAUGGAGGCGAGGGGGCUUCUCUCCGUGGAUUUUCAGACCCGUGCCAGGGACAGGUCUACACUCCACCCUUCUAAGUGCACAGCCCAUGUCCAUGUCCAAAGAGAAUAGUCAGCUUGCUUAUGUGAUGUGUCUGUGUUGGAGCUGGAAUGCUAAAACAUAUCUCCCCAGGAGCCCCAUUGCAUUUCCCCUCAAUGGAGUGCUUGUUAAGUGCUCCAAGAGUUAGGGUGCCCAGAAUCAAAGGAAUAGUUUUGAAUGAAUCCAUAGAUCUAAGUCAUGUACGGAAUGACGUCAGCUUAAGAGAUGUAGUUUAAACUGGCCAGCCUUGCCCAUCUGGGACACAUAGGUUUAUGUGGACUUGGGUGGGGGUAGUUCAAACAGCUAGUGAGUCAUGGGGCAAGGGUCAGUGGGUGUAUAAAUAGUCAUGUUAUCUCUUCUGUGUUGGGUAGAAUUAGAACACACUUGUGCCAUGAAUAGUAUAAAUCAAAUAGGUUAAGAUAAUAAGCCUAGAGUGUUGCUAAGACAUCUUAUGGGGCUGAGUUCACUCUUGCCAGUACCUUGAAUCUCACAGCAAAACAUCUGCUGAGUAGUGUGUGGUGGGAAUGAUGCAGAGGAUCUGAUCGUAGGAAAUUCUGGAUGAAAGUUAACUAGGUUUGUCCUAGGUGAUCUCGCUCCUAAAAUAGGACCCCUUGGAGACUCGGGUUUUCACUCGUAAUUCAACAUCUAAGUACCUGCAAGGCCAAAUAACAGAUCCCUGCAAGCUUCGUUCUUAGGUGGACAUUAACUCAGCCAGUCACAGUGGUUAGUUUUCAUCAGAUUUCUGAAAUUCUGCAAUAAAUGCUUUAGUGUUGAAGCUGAUAGCUUUCGGGCUGGCAGCUGUCAGUCUGUGCAUCAGUCUGUGCAUCAUUCUAGUCUUGCUGGAUCUGGCAAGUCAUUGCUUCCAGAGAAUAGGGGAGAACUUCAGCCAUGGGAGAAGCAAGAACACUACGCAGUCCUAGCAUUGACUUUUUGGCACCAUCACGUACCAUGGAGACUUGUGGCUACAAACAUCUAGAAAGGGGGAACCCCUUGAGGGACCCUCAUAUAAUUAUUUCAAAUCAUUAUUCAGGGAACCGUCAAGGCAGACAUAUAUCGCCCUCUUGGGCCACUGUCCCAUUUCUAAGACAACCAUCUGUCUGCCACUCUGCAAUCAUCACAAGCCAAAAGGGCCAAUCUCAAAGCCAUUAUAACAUCCAACCUCCAUUUCCAAACUCUGGGGGACCGUCAGGAGUAGGAGAGAGGGGCUUUGCUGAAGUCAUAGGCUGCUGAAAUCCAUGGAAGGGUGUGAUGGCAUGUGAAGUAGCUACUGCCACUGGAAGGGACCCUCACCCUCUGCCUCCGAAGUCUAUUUUGGUCUGGAAACUCCACUCAGCUUUUUCUCUCCUACACAUACUGAUUUCUAAUGUGUUAUGUGAGUGCCCACAACUUAAGGUCUACAAGGCAACACGAGUGUUUCUCUUGAUGAGCUUACAGCAGGAAAACACGAACUUACAUGGAAUUCCUGGAGAGGACGGGUCUAAGGUGCUCUUAGGUACUACUCCACUUCUGCAGACAAGCACAACUGUUCUCCCAGUGAAAGGCAUUAAAGACAGGCAUGGGCAGCUGGUUUUGAAAAGUCAGCAGGCAUAGCAGAUCCCACAUCUGGUCACAUACUCCUUGAUCUGAACUGUCCUGACUUACAGACACAUUAAAAUAUAGACCUUUUGUUUGCUUUUCAUUUGCAUUUGGUGUGACAUAAUGACAUAAGGGUGUCAUUUCCUCAUAAGGGUGAAAGAGCCUUAGCAAAGUUGGUCCUCAGUCAACUGACUGUAGAAUUGAUCCUUAAAGACGAAUUCCCAGCCCAAGAUGACAUGGAGUGGCUUGAGGUUCAGGGCGUGUUUCAGAGACCCCCAUGUUUGUACCGCUUGGCGGGAAGACAGAACAACAUCCAUGACAUCUGUUCCUCCCUGAAACACUCACCAGUCGUGGUGAAAGGGACAUGUAGGAACUUGUGAAGUUUUAGACUGAAAAGGAGAUUUGGGGGAAACACGUGACCAGCUUUGAGCUGAAGGUAGUUGUUUUCUUAGAGACUAGAGUUUUGUUUUGUUUUCCAUUACUUCUGGCAGCCCCACUUGGAUCAUUUCCUUCUCUUGCCUUCCCUGCAAAAGCAAGAUGGCGGGUGCUGGAAUCCAGACUCGGUUUCCCUUCUAUUAAAAUGACUCACGUGAAAAGCAGAACGUAACAACAAAGCCUUCCCUAAGCUUAACAACCUUAGCUUGUUGUUUAAGUUGUUUACGUUUGCUUCACUUGUGACUGAGGUGUGAAUCAGCGAGAGGUGAAGUCUCUCUGCCCAUGCUAUCGAUCAGGACUCUUCUCAGACAUGAGUUGGGCCCAGAGAGUGUUAACCUGGACAUCGGAGGAAGCAUGGACGAUAUUCUUAAAUUAUUUUUACGUUUUUUCCCCAGAAGGAGUAAAUGGUUACUGCAAAACAUUUAGAAACUACCAAUAACCAAACAGAAGGGAAAUAUCUGAAACCCUUCGAUUGUCAUUUCACUUAUGGAAAUUGUUCAACGCUGAACCCUUGGGGGUCGGUUGCAGAGUUGACAAAUCUGGCUCCUUUGUAUGUUUUAUACAAAAAGACAAAGAACAAAACAAAACAAAAAUCCAAUUAGCUUUUGAAUGCCUUUUUUCUGGUUUACCCUGUCACUGACUAAACUCACCGCCGAUCAUGAGCGCGCCACCAGGAGAGGGAAAGGCAGUCAGCCAUUUGGAUGUUUUGCUCUCACGUCAUCAAGCCGCUGGGCGUACCUGGGCAUUGGGGGGGAAUAAACAGAACAACCAGAGAAACAUCCAGAUUGUUGGCUGGAUUUUUCACAUGGGGCAUCUUUGUGACACAUGGCUGGGAAACAGAGGGAUCCAUUUCCAUUUUCCACAUUCCUAGUGCAUCUGAAUAACGCUUGAAUUUGCCAGGUCUAGUUACAUAAAUUUAAAGACGAGCCCAUCUCUCUCCUCCUCCUCCCCAGCUCACCCGUGGAACUGGACAGUCCACAGACCAUGAACCCGAACCGCAGGACGAGAAAUUAAAUGCUGAAGGCCACAGUGGCCUAUUUUCACAGGUUUUAAGUUACAUGUUGUAGAACUUUAUUUUUCCCCCUUUCCUCAUGUAUAGUAAAGCUGGUUUUUAUUUUGAUUUUCCUAAAUUAUUUUCUGAUACAAUAAACUGUUAACUGUUUAUUUAUACUUUUCCAUGGAGCACUUGUUAUUUUUGAACAGCAAAACGAAAGCCUCCCUGUUCGAGUGUUAUACAUAUAUCUAUACCACAGCUGUCCUUAUAAACGUAUUUCUAUGCCACCUUCUUGAAAGUUAAACUAUUGUAGUUUACUGUUGUGUUUUUCUUUCAAUGCAUACCAUAAUCAUGUUAAUAAACAGAAAUGACAUGAUAUAUUUGAGUGGGGGUGGGGGGCUGGGUGUGAUUUCCAUACAGGUGAACUUUUAUUCCAGAUUUUUUUAAGUUGUUUCUGUAUCUCAAAGCGAUGUAUUUGGAAAACAUUGUACAUGCAACACCUAUAUCAACUUUCCUGUGUAUAUUUAGUACUCUGAUGUUGCUAUUAAAAAAAAAACAUAAUAUGGAAAAAAUA